AUGGAGGUUUUGUGUCAUGGUCUGACUCUGCCAUUGGAUGGAGACACAGUAAAACACUGUGUGGAUGUCUUCACUGACUGGCUGAUGGCUCUGGUUUCUCCAAGAGACUCGAUCCCUCCACCAAUCAUCAAAGAGCCAAACCUGUUUGCCCAGAAGAUUCUCAGACACCUCCACAGCCUGUUCCUGCCCAGGUAUGCCAACACACCUGGAAAAAAUUUUCAGCAGACUUCUCAAUUCAAACCUUGGCCUGCCCCAUGAAUGAGGACCCUUUUUAUGAAAGACUCCAAAAGAUCUUCUAGUGUUUCCUCGAGAAAGUUUUCUACUGGUGUUAGUGGUCCUAGAGGAGUCCUCGGGUGUUCUAGUGUCUUUGGUGGUCUUAAGGUGCCUAGUUUCCAAUCUUUGGGUAUUCUAGAGGUCCAGGUUGAGAAUUUGUGGGUUCUAGUGGUCCCGGUAAAGGUUUGAUAGUCCUAGUAGUCCUAGCAGAAGUUUAAAAGGGUUCUUGUGGCCUUUACAGAGGAUUUUGGGACUCUAGUGGCCCUAAUAAAGGUGUGGGGGCUUCUAAUGGCCCUGUUGUUGUGGUCUUAGAGGAGUUUUGGUGGAUUCCAGUGUUCUAAGCAGAGGCUCCUGAGGCUCUAAUGGAAUUAAUUGGGUUUUAAAGGGAUAUUCCGGCGUAAAAUUACUUUAGGGUAAAACACAACAUAACACUGAGUUAGACAUCCCGUCGAAAGAUGAAUGUUGCCGACCGCUUGCUUCUCUAGUUAUACCAACUCAAGUAUCAACUGCAGGAUAGCAAUACACAGCGAUCUCAGGAGCCAUAAACAAACCUCAACCAAAAAGUCACUUUAUAGCCACAAAUAAUGCUCAGAACAGCACCUAACUUCAUCAACAGUACAUAUAGGGUCCUAGCCAUAGUACUAGCCACUAAACAUCUUUUUAACUUUGCCUGAUUUCUUUAACAAAGAGACUAAACACAACUCACCUACUCACUUUCAGCAGCCGCUUGUUUGGAGCGAGACCUCAGGCCAGUCCAUUACGGACUGCAGCGGGGGGACACAGCUCAAGGAUGAGUAUACUGUAUAUUGAUGAAGUUAGGUGCUGUUCUGAGCAUUAUUUGUGGCUAUAGAGUGGCUUUUUGGUUGAGGUUUGUUUAUGGCUCCUCAGACAGCUGUGUAUUGCUAUUGUGCUUUCGUUACUAAAGUUGGUAAAACUAGAGAAGUAAGCGGUCGGCAACAUUCAUCUUUCGACGGGUGUCUAACUCAGUGCUAUGGCAUGUUUGACCUUUAAUUAAUUUUACGCCGGAAUAUCCCUUAGAGUUGUGUCAUUGGGGAUUAAUUUAUAUUUCCCUCUGCCCCCUUACAGGUCAGACCAGGUGAGUCCAGUCCAUGUGUCUCUCUGUCAGCAGGUUUUGUAUACAGUUCAGUCAUUGGCCAGAGAAAGCACUGUGAUGAGCAAAGACACCUGGGAGACUCUACUGCAUUUCCUGCUUCGCAUCAACCACACCAUGCUGGCUCCACCAACCACUGCAGGUGAGUCCGUGGCUCCGUCUCACUCUGUGUCCUAAAGCUGUCUGUCUCUCAUUCAUGUAACACUGCCUAAACUGCCCACCUGUCUGUCUGUCUGGGGGGGUGUUCUGGAGCAGCAGUCCAAGCUGUGUGCCUUUUUUACCUGUCUGUAUCACAACUGUGCCUCUUUUAUUGAAUUCUUUCUCCUGUCUGUCUUUCUUCUCUUUGUUUUUCAUCUGUCUGUCUCCUUACUCUCUACAUUUUCAUCUGUUUCUGUCCAGUUGUUAACUUUCACCUGUUAGAUUUUUUUUCCCUGUCUGUUUUUCACCUAUUCUUCCGCUGUCUGUCUCUCAACUAUUUUUCUCCCAACUGUCUGUCUCUCACUUGUCUACUUAGCAACUGCUGGUCUCCUGUCUGUCUCUCUCCUCUGUCCAUCUCUCACUCCUAUCUUUCUCUUACCAGCCUGCCUAUCCUCACCUGUCUAUCUCUCUCCUAUCAUUCUAUCACCCGUGUGUCUCUCUCCUGUCGGUCUCUCUUCUGUCUUUCUCCCACUUGUCUGUCUCUCACCUGUAAUGCUUUUUACCUGUCUGUCUCUCUCCUCUCUGUCUCACACCUAACUGUCUGUCUCUCUGUAGGUGGUCUGUCCGAUCAUCUGUCUCAGCUGUCGAUGGCGGUGCUCUUUGAAGUCUGGUUGCUGUCUUGCUCUCGCUGUUUCCCGUCCCGCUCUCUGUGGCAGACGGGCAGACAGAUGUUGAGCAGUUGGAGACAUCAGCUUGCUGUGGUGGAGCAGUGGAGCCGAGUCAUUUCUGCUCUGACCUCCAGGUGAGCAGGUAGACAGGUAAUCUUUCCUCCCGUGGUCCUCUCAGGAGUCUUCUUAUUGCUUAUAUCUGUGUGUGUGUUUUGUCUCCAGGUUGUUGCUGCUGACAUUUGGUCCGACCUUCCCUCAGUUUAAAGUCCCAGAUGAAGAUGCGGCUCUGAUUCCUGCAGAUAUGGAGGAUGGACGAGUCUCGCACACCUGGUUCAGAUUCUUACACCUGCUCAGGUAACACAACCCUCUGAUAUGUCAGUUCUUAAAAACAGCUGGUACCUUUAUGUAAGUUUUAGGGCAAAAAAUGAACCUAAAUAAACCUCCCUCAGAUAUCAUUGUUUUUCGUCUCAGUAACCCUGUGGACAUCAGUCGCCUCUCUGGUGGUCCAUCUCUAUCUACUCAGGAUGAGGCGUUAAGAGGAGACAGCCAGCUGCCACACAUCUUCUUUAGAGCAAUGAGAGCAGUCAGCACGCUGGUCGAUGCCUUCCUGGGUGCGUUGAUCUCUGACAUUCGUCAGUUCUUCACAAAUAUCCCUGUUUAUGUCCUCUGACAGUCCAGCUGUUCAAAUCCAGAAAAGAGGACAGGGUUAAGAGUUGAGUUAAUGUUUACAUUCAAGCUUUUAAAAACAGGACGUUAUGGAAUAUUUACAGUUUAAACAGAUGGGUGAAAACUGCAGGAUAUUACAUAUCAAUAAACAUUCACUAUAAGAAGAAAUGCCUUAGUUUAACUUGUGUUUCUGCAGGUGUAGCUGUGGUCAACAGAGAGCCCACAGAGCAGCUGCUGUCACACACUGGUAUGUACACAUGACAUAUACACUUACACACAACUUUAUACUCAGGGUUAAAAAAUGUUUAUAUUGACAUAAUGACACAUACACUGUUUUGUUUGUUUUCUCAGGAAUAACAUUGAGGGUCAAUAACAGAGACUGGUUGCCUUCCAUUGGUAAAACAGUUUAAUUCAAAGUGAUCAGUUCAAUUUGAUUAGUAUGUGUUAACAAAAACAGUCUUCUCUCUGUUUGUCCAUGUAUGUAAAUGUCUCUUUUAACUGUUACUUUUAUCUGUUAAAAUGAUUCUUAAAACAUAAGCUUUAAGCGUUUUUUUCAUAAAUUUGUUUUUCUAGUUCAAAACUCUUUUUUAUCUUAUCUCCUUCAAGGUGUUUCUGUGACCAAGAGCCCAUUCAAAGACCGCCUCCCCUCCUAUGGUAAGCCCCGCCCACUGAGCAUCCUACCCUGGUUUGAUGUCUAAAAGGAGAGCUUCGUUAUUCUUCUGUCCUCUGGCCUCAACAGGUCUCUCUCGCCCUCGUUCUGGCAGUGCCCCACCUAAUCCUGUGAAUAUACUAACCCUGCCCAGUGGCCCACCUCCUGCCACCACCUCCCCACCUGCACAUGCUAAACGACUGAGAGCUGUUCAUGUUUCCAAGGCAACCAGCAAACCUCCAAUGGUACGACACUGUUUGCAAAUCUUAUGUACCUGCGCAGGAACAUAUCCACGUGUCUUAUGGUUCAGGUGUAACUUUCCAGGUACAUUUCUUUUUGAUAUUCAGGUACAUGUGCAGGUAGAUGUCUCUUACCUGCACAGGUAAAAGUGUUUUUGCAUGUUCAGCCUUGUCUACUUAUCUGUACAGGUAACUGUCUUCACUUGUCCUUUUAAAUAUCUGUUUGUAUGUCCAGCUGCUUGUCUCUUUAUCUUUUUAGUUACAUGUCUCAAGAUGUCCAGGUUUUUCUACCUGUCCAGAUAUAUGUCUGAUCAUAUAUUCAGUCAUCUGUAUAUGUGCAGUAGAUACGCCUUUACCUCCAUUGCCAUUCAUUUUACAUGUCAAGUUUAAUGUCAUAUCACCUGUUCAGCCACAUGUCUGUCUUCUGUCUUGGUAUAUUUCUCUUCACCUGCACAGAUACAUGCAUCUUUACCUGUGUGUCUAACCGUGUUAUAACCGGUCUAAGUAAGAGUUUCUUCAUCUGUGCAGGUGCUCCUCUUGUCCUCAUUCUGUAUGUUUGGAUGAUAAUCAUGAUUCAUUUGCUUUAUUCUCUCUUCUCUUAGACAUCCUCCUCCCCUCAUCCCUGGAAGACUCCCACUUGUCCUCCUUCCUACUGCCCUCCUUUGUACUCCUCCCCGCGAUCAUCCCCCUCUCCUAUGAGGUGUAAUUUAGACUCCCUCCUCCACCUGUUUGGUCACUGGCUCUUUGACGCUGCUCUGGUUGGCAGAGACUCUGGUCAGGCUGGUCAGUAGUUGAAAUAACAACAUCCCACAGAGUAGUACACAAACUGCACACAACUAUACACCUGUUGUGCUUGGUACUUCACAGGUCAACAUUCGGCUAAUAAACUCUGUAUAUGUCUUUUCCAGUCGAUCAGAGUGAUGUCACUGCGAUGUCAGAGAGGUGGGCUGUUGGUCAAGCUGAGUCCAUCGGGACGCUCUGCAGGAUCUUCACCUGUAAGAAAACUGCAGAGGACAUCCUGUCAAUCUACCUGUCCAGGUACAAUUUUGCUUUAUAUAUUUCCAGGUAUAUUUGACUUAUUUUAUUACUUAUUUAUAUUUUGUUUUAUUUCUGCCCAAAUAGGCAUGUUUCUGAGAGUCUUUCUACCUGUCCAGGUGUCUGUCUGUUCUGCUAUUUACUCCUGUCUCCAUACCUGUCUCUAUACAAUUUUGUCAUGGUUGCAGUCUCUCUAAUUCUCCUGUACUUGACAUUGUCCCUUGUAAUAAGCUGUAAGUCAUUUUUAAUAAGCUGUUAAUGAGACAUUGGAAGAUGCUAAUAAACAUGAAUAAAUCUUUGUACAUACUAAUAAAGCAAAUUAAUUCCAUUGCUAUUGCUUUUAAGACAAUUUAAGAAAGUUUUAACUAUUUAGUUAAUGUACACUUUGAUUCUAAUGAAGACUAAAACAGUAAUAUUAAUAUUGAAAAAAAAUUAUUACAAAUCUAACAAAGCUAUUCAAAAGCUAUCUCUAAACAGUAAAGAACUGUAACCAAUCCACUACAAGUGUGUUAAAAUUCAAUAAUGGUUUAUUUAUUUAUAAUAUACCUUUUAAAAUAUGUCAGUAAGGAUCAUCAUGCUUUUAUUUCUCAGUUAAUACUUACAGAGACUUGUUUAUGUUCCUUAGUGUCUUAGCUGGUUUCAUAAAUGUCUUAUUAACUCUUAAUUACUGCUUCUUACAAAGACAUUUACGCAAAGCCAAUUUUGUGUGUCCAAGUAUUUGUUUAUUUACAUUAAGUAACUUUUCAGGCACUUCUCUGUCUACCUGUCCAGGUAAUGAUUUUUUCCCUGUCUGUCAGUUUGUCACCUGAAAAAAUCGAUUUGUUCAAUUUUUUUGGCGAAUCCUUAUCUACCUUUCAUGCAUCCAGGUGUUUGUCUGAUCAUCAGUCAGGUAAAGCCCUCUAAUGACCCUUUGGUAUUUCUCAGUAGGUGCUUGUGGGCGGAGCCGGCUCACCUGUUUAUGUCUCUGUUUGAUUUGUCUUUAGCACCAUGAAAACUAAAAUUUCAAGCCGGUUAAACUUUUCGCCGCUCUGUCCCACCUUUAGAUUCUACCUAGUUCUCCUGCAGAGUCUUCAGGUACCUGAGGAGGCAUGUCCACAUGUUCUAGCCUCCAUCCUGCUAAACUCAACCUGUCUGUUCUGUUGUGAUCUGAGAGGAGUCAAUGUGCUGCUCCCCGCCUUCAUCUCAGCUUUGGAGAAUGUGCUGCUCGACAGGUAGACAGGCAUGCACCUGAGCGAGUGUCAAUCUCAAAUCUUUAAGGUAGCAGGUGUGUCCGUGACCCUUCACCUGCAGGUACAUACAGGUGUAACUGUGGGUAAUUAUUCUCUCUGUCUGUGACUGUUUGCUUAGGGAGCUGCUGAGGUUUAAGGGAUUUGUGAGUCCAGUAGAUUUAAGGCGAGCAUCAAUUCUCAUCCUGCUGUCCCUGCUGCCACUUCCACUGCAGUUCCCCUCAGUUCAGUCACAGGUGAGCUUCCCACAAUACCUUCACACCUGUGCAGAGCUGACAAAGUCAUCAAAUGUGAUUUGAAUAAUUGAAAGAUGUUUACUCUUGUGAUCUCUACCAAGCACUUAUGGGAAUAAAUUAACAUGUGUUUGCCAUUUCUGCAUAUUUCAGUCAUGUAUAUAAACCUGCCAGUAAUCUCAGAGAUAUUUUAGGAACCUAAAAUCAGAACUGAACUCCUUUAUUCACAUGGGUAUCAGGCUCCUGUGAUUUUUAUUUAUUAUGUUUUUAUUUUGGAACAAAAUUUUGGUGCCUGUUCCCUCCUUGACAUCAACGCUCAUUAAUAGUCCAUUAUGUGUGUACAUCCAGGUGUUACUGGACAGGCGGCUCAGUGGUGAUGACAUCACAGCAGGUAACUUCCUGUCCCUGAAGCCCCGCCUCAUCAGUGUUCUGAUGGGGGCCCUGCAGACAGAGACAGACACCUUCAACACUCAGAUUAUCCUCUGUGAGUCUCAGGUUUCUGAUUUCUGAUUCUGGAUUAUAUCUUUUUUUUUUCAGAGGAAAAACAGAUCAACUGAUCAUAUCUGAAGAAUUGGCUCUAGUUUGUGCAGCUCUAGCUUUAGACAUUAUCAGAACAACCUUCUGGUAAUGAUAACAUCGACAACUUUCCAGAGAAGUCUAGAUCUGUGACUAAAUGUACAAAAUCAUUUGAUUUGAUUUCUGUUAGUGUAAAACAUUUCCUCUACAAUAAACUGAACCAGUGGUUCUCAAUCCAGUUCUAGAGGCCCACUGUCCUGCAUGUUUUGGAUGUUUCCCUGCUCCAACACUCCUGAUUCAAAUGAUGAGCUCGUUAUUAAGCCAUUACAGAGUUUGAUAACGAGCUGAUCAUUUGAAUCAGGUGUGUUGGAGCAGGGAAACAUCCAAAACAUGCAGGACAGUGGGGGCUCUAGGACUGGAUUGAGAUCCGCUGAGUUAGACCAAACCCACUUCAUGAUACGGCCACAAUGUUCCAUCACAAAAGUUAGAGGCACAUUUUCACCUGUUCAUAGUACCUCCAAGUAAAACUUAUUUUUUAAACUGAUCACUGUGUUAGUAAAAUGGUAAAAAAAAAAAAAAAAAAAAAAAACAUUUUUAAGACAUUCUUGUUGCAAUGGUUUAUUUUUCCAAAAGUAGCCUUCACAGGGGCAUACAAAUUUUUUUUUCGACUUGGGGGCCCAGGUAGGGCUCUGACUUAUAUAGGGGUGGCCUUGAGUGUGAACACACACCAGCUCAAAGCACUUUUUUGCCCCACACUUCCUCAUGAAUCACAGCUUCUUAAAGAUUAACAUUCAAGUAUUACAGAUACUAAUCCUGUUGGUGUCAUGGUCUUUGUGAAUACUCAAUUCUGAUUGGCUGGAGGGUUUUAAUUAACUUUUGAUACAUUGACACUGAUGGAAUUUUUCCAACUCUGUGACAUAAGAACUGGAUGAAAUGGGCUUUUUCGAGCAAUGAUAUUAUCACUGCAGUUUGUGCCAUGCAAGGGAGAGGAUAAAACCAACCACAAUGGUCAGUUAUCAUAAUUACUUCACAAUAUCAACUCAUGCAGUAACAAGAGAAAACACCUCCCCUUUAAAACGAUGGUAGCUGUCAGAUAGACUAUGAAAGCAGCACAGUGAAUUUUACACAAUCAGAGUUCAAAUGCAGCCUGAUUAACUCCCUUUGGACUGAUGUUUUCCAUAGCGGUCAUACUGAACCUGGUUCAGGACUCGGCUCUGUUGGAGGCAGCUGGACAAACCCAGCAGGUCAGUUCACUAACAGCUCUGCUGUACAUGGCAAAACUCCAACUUCACAACAUGUUACAUGCCAGAAAGUGACUCCCAAACAUGAAUAAAAUGCAGAUCUAAAUGUUUUCACACUCUUCAAGUGACUUUAUUUAUUAGUUUAACUUAAAUGCUGGAUCCCCUCUUGUUUUCAGAAAACUGAGUGCCAGCGCAGUGUUGGACUCAGUCCGAAUAAACGGACCAGAGGAAACGGUACAGCACAAUAAAUGAAAAUGUAAAAAAUGUAAACAUAUUUUUGUUCAAGUGUGUGUGUGACUAUGUUUCUGUGGUACCAAACAGUCCACUCAGACUCAGCGGGGAUCCUCUGGGUUCAGUUUGUCCGUCUGCUGACUCAGCGUCUGUCGGCUCAGUGGAGGAAUGACUCAGCACUUUGUUUGUCUGUGCUGGAGGUACUAGGAGGACUGGCCAAGGUAGACACACACACACACACACACACACACACACACACACACACACACACACACACACACACACACACACACACACACACACACACACACACUCAUAAUCACAGCCUGAUAUGUGUUUGUUUCUUUGGUGCCCUGCUGUGGUCCUGCAGGUGGAGGUGAACGUGGAGGAGAAUGAGAGGAGGCGAGCGUUCGGGUUGAUCUGUAGUUACAUCCAGUUUCAGUGCAGCCGACCUCCUACCCUUCACUCUAGAGAUCUGCACUCCAUCAUCAUUGCUGCUUUCUGCUGUCUAAAUGUCUGGUUAACACAACACCCAUCCAUACUUGACAACCAGGUAACCACAAAACAGGUAGACAACCUGUCUACAGUUGGCUUAGCUGUGGCACACAGUUAGCAUGGAGUAUGUGUACACUCAAAGCAUUGUUUUUCUUACUUGAAAAAGAAACACAGAUACAGGGGAAACGUAUAAAACAUCUCAGUUGAAAUCUGUAUCUUCAGGAGAGUCUAUCGGAGGUCAUGGAGAUUGUGGAGUUAGGGAUUUCAGGCAGAAAAUCCAGACAAGACCAGGACAUGAGGAGUAAAGAUCAGAAAGAUCUGAACCCAGUUUCUAUGAGGGUGAAGGAGGCGGCUGAAGCCACUCUGAGCUGGUGAGUAAAACAAACAAACCUAAAAGGAUGUUUGAUUUAUGUGUUCAGUCUUUGGAUUUAUGUUGGUUUAAAACUGUUUGAUGCAAGUGCUGAAGACUAGAGGAGGUUUACAGGGACAGGGACAGCAAACAGAGAAUCACAAUUAUCAAUAUAACAGCCUAAUCAGCUGCUCCUGACAGGCUGGAUGAAGAACUGGCUUUUAGCAAUGUUGGUCAGCUGAUCUCACAAAUGGAAGCACAGUCAGGAUCCAAAUCCCCAACUUCUGUUCCCUGUUGUUGCAGCUGGUUCUGAAGUUAGGGUGCAAAGUCCUCACAUAGUCAUACACUUACACAGGUUAAGAUGUUGUUUAAGCUGUACCUUUGUUUGGUUACACAACAGAGACUUUAGACUGGAAUAGAUUAGAUGAGAAAACGGAAUUAAUCCCCAGCAGAGAAACUCAUUUGCCAGAGAUUCAAACACACAACAAACAUAGAAUAUACAUUCACAACACAACAAGUGAAUUACGACACCCAUAAAACUGUUAAUGACAACUUUUGGAUCAGAACCACAGCCAACAAUGUUCAUUAAUGGACUAUCUAAGCCACUCAGAAGAGCACUCAGGGAUUACAAUUUUCCCACUGAAAGAGCUUCUGAGUCCAUUAGAAAAUUGCACAGUGGGUUUCUUAAAAGACCAGAAUAGUUUUUAAUUUAGUUCUCCUUAGAGAAUACUAAAUUGAGUCAGGGGUAACAGUCACAGAGCCAGCCUUUUUGAUUAGUGUAUUGAUCUGAUUUUAUCAUCCACACACAUGCCACAACGGUAUUGACAAGGACAGGGGCCAAGAUUCCCCAAUUAAAAACAAAACAAACAUAAAAAAGGUUCCUGCUAAUGCCUGAGGAUCUAAACUUUCCCAAGACAAGCCUUAAUGGGGAAGCAGUAGCUCAGGAGGUAGAGCGGUUGUCCAAUAACCAGAAGGUUAGCAGUUUGAUUCCCCCCUAUCCCUAGUCUGUCCGUUGUGUCCUUGGGAAAGACACUUAACCCACCUUGCUCCUGGUGUGUGUCCUCCACUGGUGUAUGAUUGUGAGUGUUGUGUGGUGGUCGGAGAGGCCAUAGGCGCAAACUGGCAGCUACGUUUCUGUCAGUCUGCCCCAGGGCAGCUGUGACUAUAAGGUAGUUUACCACCACCAGGGUGUGACUGUGUGAGCGAAUGAAUGAUGUAUCCAAUGUGAAGCACUUUAAGGGUCUCUGAUAAAGCGCUAUAUGAAAUCUGAUGCAUUAUUAUUAUUACUGAGCCCACCUGAAUGCAACCUCAGUGUUCUUUUUCCAGUUCAACUUACUGUCAACGAAAGCACCAAGAUAUUUGUGGAUCUGGACAACCUCAGUCUGCUGACCCUUUAUUAUCAGUGAUCAGUCUUUUUUCCUUUAGAAUCAACAAGCUGUUUCAAAAUUUUAAGGACUCUCUUUUUUAUAUGCAAGGUUAUCACUUUGGGUCAGCUGACCCACUAGAACAGUGUGACCACAGAACUUUGGGUUGUGACAGGAUUCCCGACUGCGCCUGUAAUCAGCAGUAUAAAGAGUAAAUAAGCUCCUGUGUUGAUCAGAUACAACAAACUGCCUCUUAUCAAACCUAACAAACUGAGGACAGGACAAAAGGUAAUCUAAAGCCCAGACAGUGGUAGUAGUUAAGAGUCCUUUAGGUUUAACUCCUGUCUUCAUAUCUCAGUAUCAUGCAGGUUUCUGGGGCCUUUCCUUUCUUUGGGGCCCAGGCAGAUGAGGAAACUCUGAUUGGUUGCUCUGGCGUGAAGAAGUUCAGAUAUUUUGUGGUGGAUGGCUCAGUGAUCCUGGCCUUUCUGGAGCAACCACAGGGACCUGAACCAGGUGAAAAAAAUCUAGGCUUAAUUUCAAAAUGAAAGGUUCAUGUUGUUGCCAGUGUUUUAUAUCAACACAACAAUUCAUCUAUGUACUUUCAAAUCCUCAGAGACCGAAAUCUUAAUGUCUAACUUAAUGUUUGUUGUGUAGAACCAUGUCCAUCACUCACAGCUCUGAUCAGAGGACCGUCAGGAUGUCACACCUGGACUCUCCAGCACCACCUGCAGCCCAGAGAAGGAAGAACACCUGCUCAGGUGACCACCUCCUAAUCUCUGCUAAUAGAUUCUACUGCGAAGUGACUCUGCCGGCACAGGACCAGACUUUGGUAUCAGGGGUGUAUCAGGUGUAGGUAUACUUACCCUCAUUUUAGCAGUUGUUGGCAGUUUGUGGGAAAACCAGGCUCUGUGGUGAGUGAAAGUUAAUCCCAGAACCCAUCGGUGGUUAUCUAUCAAAGAUAUGGUAUCAAAAUUUACUGCAGAGAGAGAAUCUGCUGUCUUUCAUUUAAUAAAUUAAAUAAAAAGAUAUGUCAUUUUACAUUAACAUUUGCCAUUUUCAAUUACAUAAAGAACUUGUAUUCAGAGUUACUUGAAAAAUCAUUUAGAUUGAAGAUUUAGAUUAAACAUUCAAACUGUAGAUUAAAAAUUUAACUUUAAGAUUAAACUAUUCAAUAGAAUAUUUCAUAAGAAAAUUUGCCAUUAACAAAAUUAACAUGAAGCAAUUAAUUUUUGGAUGUAGCAUUUAACCUCAUAAUUUGAUCAUCACCAUUAAGUUUUUAAAUUUUCCAAAAAAAUGUAGAUCUUACAGUUGACAUUUAUAUUCAACAUUUAACUCUUAGGUUUGAUAAUAAAAUGUCUUAGCAUACAUUUAUGACAAAAGUUAGAGCAGUGAUGAGUACAAUGAGCUUCAUUAUAAUAGAGCUGUUUAACUCGUUUAGUUUCAAAGAUUUCAGAUCUGUGUUUGUCUCUUUGUCUGAUUUUCUUCAGCAGAAAGAUGCAAGUCCAGAACCUAAAGGGAAGAUGCUGACCUCAGCACAGGAGGAUUCUGGGAUACAAUUUGGCGUCAAACCUCAGCUGCUGUCUGAAAGCAUAGACAGCGUUUCCACCGUGAAAGCAGACCUGAGUGUUCCUGACCUGCGUGAAAUCGUCACCAAGGAGGUAAGAAUCUGGGCGGAGGUGUUCAACAGGAUUCUCAUUUUUGGUUGAUGAGUUUGAUUAAGUAUUGUAACAACUGAAUUCAGAAAAUCACAAUACGUCCAGAAAUUCAGUUUGAUUUAUCCAUUUAUGUAGCUUUUUAUCAGGCUUCAACUUUAAGAAUGAGGUGCCAAAAAUUCUAAGUAGGUAAAGUGGCCUAAGUCGAUGAAACAAAUCGGUAAAUUCUCAAAGUAUCUCUGACUGAUUUUGAUUGGAACUUGUCAGGUGCAUAAGCAGCUGGAGUGUGUGCGAGCAGCUCUGAAGAGGUGCAGACAGGUGGAGGCUUGGCCACAGGUGAGUGAGCAGCCAGCCACCAUGACCCCCUGUAGACCACCAACACCUGUUACCAAGUUUCAGACAGCACGAAUCCUCCUGUCACACCUGGGCCUGCUGGCACCUGAGACCCUGAAGGUAUCAAAAACAGAACGGAUGUAGAUUCAUGAAUUCAUUUAAGGUAUCUACUGUCCAUCUGUCUCACCUGUCUUCCUGUCACCUGUCUCUGUAGGAUUCAGGGACCAGUGGUGGCCCACCUGAGCUGGUUUCUCUUGACUCUUCUCUUCCUGGUCUCUCAGAGGAUCUGAGGCAUUUGGACCACCUACCGUCCAGGAACUGUGACUCCGUCUUUGUUUUCUACAUGAGAGCAGGACAGAGGACAGCUGCUGAGGUCAAAUUCACCUGUCAGUCUCACCUGUUGUCUGUCUGUCAGCUGAGGUCAUACUCACCUGUCUGCCUCACCUGUCUCUCUGUAGAUCCUAAAGAACGUGGAGUCCAGCAGCAGUGUCUCAUCUCACUUCUUGGACUUCCUGUCUUCACUCGGUUGGCCAGUGGAGGCAGGCCGUCGACAGGUGUUCAAUACCCACAGUGCAGCAGGUGUGCUUUCUGAUUGGUCUUUGACAGGGCAGUGACAUGGGUCAGGGGUUACCUCUGUUAUCAAGCCUAUGAGGGUUUUUCUGUGUUACAGAAUUCUCUGCUGUGGUUGGAGACAGUGGUGGGAGCGUGUUCAAUGGAGAGAAGCUCAACUUGGUGUUUGCUGAUACUCUGACAGAGCUCACCUUCAUCAUCCCAUCAUUGUCAUCAUCCUCCUCCUCAUCACCAUCACCAUCAUCAUCAUCAGUGUCAUCAUCAACAACAUCACCAUCAUUAUCAUUAUCACACAGUCAGUCAGUUAAUCUCAUCAUGGACACUACGAACACCGUUGUAGUGGGAGCAUGAAAAUGUUGUUACCAUAUGAGGACAUGUCAAAAGAUAUGAACUGAUAAGAUCCAAGUGACUAUACAGGGAUUCAUGACCAUAAAAGGAAAAGUUUUGACUAUGUUUGGAGACAGGUGUGACCAUGUUGGGACCAGGCUUGGGCAUUACACUACUAGUAAGGCCAAAUAUGAAAGGUUUAUGGAGCAGAUAUAAACUUAUAGGAAAAGCAUAAGGAAUAAAACUUGACUGUUGUAGCUAUAUAAUGAAUUAUGACCAUAUGGCACUUCUAAGCACUUAAGGACAAUCAGUAUGACCUUAUUUAGAACAGUCAAAACUAAGUAGGGAAAUAUCACCAUAUAAUGAGAACCAGACUUUAACAAAAAACAUAAUGACCAUGCUAAAGUCUGCUGAAACCAAGUUAGGGAAAUAUGACCAUAUUCGGGACAGCUAGAACAAUACAAGGCAAUAUGACCAUAUAUGAACCAAACAUGUAGGAUCCUGACUGGGAGUAUAACCAUUAAUGGAAUUAAGGGAAUUAUGACCAUAUUGGGACAUAUGUAACCAUAUAGAGAAACAUGACCAUGUUGGGAUGUUUGUAGCCACAUAAGAAAAAAACAUGACCAUAGAUAGGACAGAUGUUGUCAAAUAAUGAAACAUGACCAUAUUUGUGACAUUUGCAACCACAAAUGGAGUAUGGGCCAAAUACUGACUGUGCCAAUCAUAUAAGGACAAAUGUCCAUAUUUGGGACAGCUGUAACCAGAUAAGGAACUAUGGCUAAUUUUGGGACAGCUGAAAAGAUAAAAGAACAUAUUUGCGAGUAUGGGACAUUUGUUACUAUAUAAGGAAAUAUUACCAUAUUUAGGACCAAUAUUACCAUAGUUGGGAUGAAUGUUACCUUAUGAAAAAAUAUAACCAUAGUGUAGGUGGCAAAGCUUUAACACUUAAGGGAACUAUGGCCAAAAUAUGGACUGUUUGUGCAUGGAUGAAUUUGACCAUAUUUUGGAAAGCUGGAAGAGUAGUUUGAAAUAUGAUUAUAUGUGAACAUAUAAAAAAUAUAAUCUUAUGUAAGACUGCUGUAACCAUUACAGAAAAUAUGACAUUUUUGGUGUUUUUUACUGUUCAAGGAAAUGUGACCACAUUUCGGGCAGUUUUAACUAUAGUAGGAAAUAUAAACAUAUUUAUGACAGCUGUUACCAUGUUAGGAAAUAAGAGUAUUUGUGGUAGACUGGAGUAUGUAAAGAAACAUGACCACAUUUGUGACAGUUUUAACUAUUUAAGGAAAUAUGAAUAUAUAAGUAUAAGACUAUACAUAUGACAGUAUGGCCAAUAACUAUCCCUCAUAAUAUAUAAUUCUUUUAACUCAUUUUCUCUUUUCCUUUUGUCACUUAAUUCAUUAUCUUCUGAUUUUGUUCUUUUUCUGUUUAAAGAGAUGGUCCGAUCAAAGAGUCCAGGGGACGCUGAGCUGCCUUUCAACCUACAGAGUCUUUUUGGGCUCAGCCAGGAUUCCAUUGCCCAGCCAGCGGUAUGGGUUUAACCGUUUAAAGGUUUAGAUUUAAGAUCUACCUGUCUCUGACCUGUCUCUCCAUCUGUCCAGAGUUCUCCAGUUGAUGAAAUGAAGGGUUUUCAUUCUGUGUCAUCAUCUGCUGGCUCUGAGUACAAACUUCUAAUCAUCUGGGUUGAACGUUUUGAAGACAUUGGUAACUUAUAACUUAUUAAGAAGUUAUUAAUGUGUUAACGUAAGAGAGAAAAUGAAACAAUAGAAAUAUUUUUGUUUGAAUUUAGAUUGAAAAACACAGGUUUGUGUCUUUGUGUUUCAGAGAGUUUUCCUCUAUCUGAUCUGCUGUUAGAGUUGAAGACAGAAACACCAACAAGGUAAAAUAAGCAGCUGACACGGCAAACAGCUUUUAUUGAUCAACAGAAAAACACAGCUGACACAGCUUGCAUUUGUCUGUGUGUUAGUGUGUCCAAUGUCCAGCUGAUCUUCAUCCACCCUCUGAAAUCUGGACUGUACCGCAUCUGUUUGCAUGGAAACCCCACAAGAAAGUUCAGUUUGGUUAUCCCACUGCAUAACGGAAGUGUGGUCAGCAAGAGGUCUCUGGGUAAGUCUGUCAGUCUGUCUUAACUGUGUCUGAUUUAACGACAGCCUACCAUGCUCCAACUUGUCCCUUAAACUAAAUAAAUCACCUUUUACACUGUAAACACGAGUUUAAUUCAUGAGCUGUAGCAGGAACUCUGACUCAAAACUCUUGGGCAAGAAAAAAGCUUUAAGGCUCUGGCAACACACAUUAAUUUUGACCCUUCAUCAAACAGCAUGUAUACACUUUGUUGUAUUAUUAGGAAUUUGUUAUAUUGUUAAGAAUCGGAGAAUUUGUGACUUGACUUUGGCUUGAGCACAGAUGACGCCGACUUGAACCUACUACUACUACUGGAGUAGUAGUAGCUGAUGGAUUGGGUAGCCUUGAAGUUGGAGAGCAGGACUUGGACUUGUUUAUUUAUUGGUUUAUUGAGCGAGACUCUUUUAUUGUUUUUGUUUGGUUCUAUAUGAUAACCAGAUCAUUCAUUCAGUUUCAAACAGUAACUGACUUGUGUUGACCUGCAUGCAUGUUAAUAAGUCGUCUUACUCAGUAACAGAGCCUGCCUGAAUAGAGAAACACUGCAAAUCGUAUAUUUUGCCCUCAAAUAUCAGAGGAGGCCAUAACACUUGAAGUUUUUAUUCUUUUUAUUUUCAUUUUGUAUUGACUUUUUCUUUUCAAUUCCAUAUAGAAGAAAAAAUAGUUUAAGCUGCAGGUUAUGUAGUUUGGUUUAGUUUUCACUUUGUGCAUACAUGAAUAUUCCUGCUUCCCUCCACUGUCUUAAAUGUCCUCAUCAAGUUAACUGGUUGCUAUAAAUUGCCCAUAGGUGUCACUAUAUACCCGAUUGGUCUUAUUGAAAGCAAGGAUUGGCUCCAGUCCCCUAAUACCCUAAAAAAGACAAAGAAGCAGUGUUUUAUUUUAUUUUUUAGAAAAUUGUUAGUGUGGGUUUUUAAUAUGGGAUGUAGGGUGCAAGACCUGAAAAAAAAAAGUGUGUAGAAAAACCCCAAAACAUCAUUCUGUCUGGCUACCUGCUGUGGUCAGAGGCAUGACUUCUGCCAGAUUGUAAGUUUAAACUGUGGUAAAAUACAGAUGCAGAUAAAAAUGCCCUUUAUGUUGAUGUGUGGGCUCAUGUAUCACUCCAUCACUCCAGUCAGAAGAGGCCAGCAGAGGGCCUCAAAAUACCAGUCUGGGAGGAGAACUGAAGACAGCGUAUACAGUGAUCAGUGUAUGACUGAAAAGAAAACAUCCAAUAAGCUGUUGUAAAAAAAGAAAUUAUGAGACAUCUUUGAUCAAUGUCACUUCUUGAUUUAGUGUCAAACGUUAUCAGGAACAGCUUCGGACUGCACUGUACUGCUGCAAAGUGCUGAUGGUCCACCGAGUAUUCAGACAUGAGUCCAACACAGGAAGAAACACCAAAACAUGUCAAAUUAAAGGUGGUCAGAGUAACUCAUUUUCCCCAAUCUGUCUCCAGGUUUCUUGGUCCGAGAGACUGUGAUUAACUGUUGCCAAUGGCGACGGCUGGAGAGUGACUCCGCCCCUCCACCCCGUAUCAAGAGGAAGCAGAUGAUCAGUGACAUUAUAAGUCGUUACCGUAGACGCUGCUCUGAACCAGCCAUCUACUCUUCACUAUUUCAGGACCCCUGAGCACUUAAUCAGCUGUCACCAUGGCAACAUGAUGCUUUAUUUAGCAGAAAUAAUCAUGUGCAUCAAAUGUAAAAUAGGACACUUUAAUAUCACUGUAGAGGAAUUCUUGGAGAAUUUUUGGUCUUCAUU